AUGAUCAUCAGGAGCCUACGCCUGACGGAUGCAGAAUUUUGGGACGAGGAGCUGGACAAAUUGACUGGGAUCUUCCUCGGUAAUGACUACCCAAGCGAAGUGAUACAAAGAAACAUACGGGCCGUGAAAAGCCGAUGGCAGAACGGGGACUAUGAAAGGACAUCAUCUGAUUCACCCGCUAUGCGAGUCACUGGCCUUCAUACCGAGCAAAGUGAUUUGACUAACUCUACCAGACGAACAGUGGCACCCUCUGGUUUUUCUUAUUCUUCAUACCUCUCUCUUCCCAAGGCUCAUUCGUCGCCCCAUGAGUAUGCUACAACUGAGGAGCCAAGCUUCUCUCCACCUGAAUGCUUUGUCUACUCAGUUGCCCAUUCCAUCUCUUCUGCCGCCACUAAGGCGGUCUCAUCUGGCGUCGAUUACUCGAAUGGUGGCUGGCUAAUGGCUGGCAAGACGAAAGCGAAGGUAUAUAGAUUUUCUUAUAAUCAAUGCUUCCUGUCUAUGCGACUCCUAAAAUGUCAGAAUAUUUAA